CAUUUUUUUAUCUAGAUCUUAAGGUGCCGUAGCUAGCCAAGUUAAAUACCAUUAUCCCAGUAAAGAGAAAGUUAGUGGGACGCUGAAGCUCCCGGUGGAAGCGUGUUUCUUUGGCAACUUAAUUUAUGUAACACAAACAAAAAUAUCGCGAGCUUUGUCCCUGUUUGUUAUUUUUUACUUAGCGAAGUCUACGUUGACUAGCAUCUGAUGCUAAAAUUAGCUAACUCUUCCACAGUGUUUUAAUGAGGCGUCGUGGUGGAGCUUCAUUUUCGGACGUUUCACGUCAGACAGUUCAUAACCAGGAGGCCAGUGUGUGAAACCAAGGCAUCCGGAUGGCAGUGGCUCCUGCCUCGAUGGCAGAUAAGAUUAUUGUUCUGGAUGAUGAUGAUGAUGAUGCUGAAUUGGAGAGUCCUCAAGCCUCACGUGUCUUUCCCAACUCAUCCUCUGAACAUCAAAACAAAAUUGCGUCGCCCGUCAGAGCUCAGCAGUCAGUCCCCACCCACGUGACACAGUCGCCUUUUGCCUCAACUAAGAAAAGUGAAAAUGUUCUGGAAGCAGAGAAUCAGAGGUUGUUUGCUGAGUUUGUGGCACACUGCUCCCCUUUCACCGAGGACUGCCCAGAGGUGUUAACCUUCCUCCAAACCAAGCAUGAAAAGGCCUCCCCUGAGUAUCUGUUGUCCGUGGAGUUCAGGAACACUUUGGGACGCUGCCUGACUCGGGUUCAGGCCAAGCACUCGAAAACCUUCGUCUACAUCAAUGAACUGUGCACUGUACUCAAGCAGCAUGCGGCCAAGAAGAGGCAGACCCUCACAAAGGUUGAUCUUUCUACCUCAUCAUCAAGUUCUCCUCAGUCUACCUCUGUUAUGCCCAAAAAUAAAGAGCAGGUUAAAGGUAAGACGGAUGAUGAGAAGGAGGAGAAACCGGCAGCUGAAGAUGAGCAACCUUCCACCUCAGGGCUGCAGGAGGACAAUAACGAGAGUAACCAGACAGCAGAAAGGAAAGCGAAGAGGGCGUCCAGGAAGCAGAUCGCGUACCUGGAGAACCUGCUGAAGGUGUACAAUGACGAGAUCUUCCGCCUUCAGAACGCUGAGCUCAGCCUGGACGACCUGGAAGCUGAGGACUCCUUAUACAUCCAGGAGCACAAGCUCAAACGCAAGAUGAUGAAGAUUUACGACAAACUGUGUGAACUAAAGGGCUGCAGCACUCGAACCGGUCGAGUCAUUGAGCAGAGGAUCCGCUAUGAAGGCACUCGUUACCCGGAGAUCAACAAGAGGAUUGAACGUUUCAUCAACAGUCCUGAGGCUCGUAUGAACCCUCCAGACUACCAAGACAUCCACCAGCUGGUGCUGCGUAUGAAUGAGCGCCACAACCUGUGUUUGAUCAGAAAACAGCUGAACCAGAUCGCAGAGGAGGCGUUCAGGGAAACCGCGAAGCUCUUGCAGGAAAGACGGCAGCUGGACCUGGCCUUCAACUUCGGCUCUCGUCUCACUGACCCCUACAAACCCACCGCAGACCCGGCUUUAUCGGACCCCUCCCUGCUGCGACAGCUACGCUCCAACAGGGAAGUGGCUCUGUCCCGUCUGGAGGAAGUCAUCACGAAGUACGCCACCAAACAGGAAGACGCAGCCGAGCUGGAGCGGCAGAAACGCCUGGAGAAAAGCACCAAGGGGAAGGAGGGCAAUAAAUCAGGAGAAGGUGCAGAUGAUAAAGAAGUCAAUGGAGCAGCAGAGGAGGAGGAUGAAGAUGAGGAUGAUGAGGAAGAUGAAUCAUCAGACCCGGACAUAGAGGACGACAUUAAAGCCAGUACUCAACAGGAAGGAGCAGAUGAUGAUGAUGAUGAUGAUGAUGAGGAAGAUGACAGUAACGAGGUGGAGCAGGCAGAUGAUGCUGAGAACAAGGAGGAUCAGGCAGACGAGCCGUCAGGAAGCGUUUCUGCAGCCGAGGAGGCAAGUGUUAAAGAUGAUGAUGAUGAACCGGUCACGAGUGGAGUCAGUCCUCUGUCUGACGGAAGCAAGUCCCAGACCUCUGCUCUGUCCGACCCCCCCUCCUCCACAGACAGUCCCAGCCAGUCAGAGCCCAUGCAGACUGACCUCCACCAGGGGGCGCUGUCUAAUGGGAGCGCCGCAGGACCCGAGGAGCUGCUCGGUUCCUCCAACCCAGACUCUGAUACGCUGGAACACGCAGCUCCUCCUGUUGUAGCCAACGGGGUGUCUUCACACACGCCACCAGCAGUGACUGUGGAAAAAUGCUCCACUCAGACCACCAGCGGUACGUCACCACCGCCCGGCUCCAGAACGACGAGGAGCCACAAGAGGAAGAGAGAGGAUCAGACGUCAGACGGCUCCAAGAAAACGCGGCACACGAUCAUCUGUGACAACAGUGACGUUGACAUCCCUCUGGACAUGGGCGUCGUCAUGGGCAGCUCUCCACCUGAGUCCACGCAGGCCGACAGUCCCACCCAGCAGCAGGUCAGCAGCUCGCAGACGACGCCUCCUCCCAAGAAAAACAAGGUCAACGUGGCCACGCAGUGUGACCCCGAUGAGAUCAUCGUCCUGUCAGACUCAGAAUGACCGUCAGCAUCUCAAAGCACACGUUUCCAUGGAGACGGCCCCAAA